UCAGUAAUUAGCAAAAGCAUUGCCUGCUAACUAUUUAGUCGACGAAAUCUAAGCCGAGGAGAAGCUAAUCCGAAAGCUGGAGAUAAUGGACCCGAGGACAGAUCAGUUUUCAUCUUUGCGUGCUGGUCUAGUGUGUCGGCACUAUUUGAACGGUUCCUGCAGAUAUGGUUCAAGGUGUAACUAUCAACAUGACUGGCCAGCUGUGCCUUCUGCUCAAAUAUGUAGAUAUUUUCAGAAGGGUGGAUGCUGGUACGGUCCACGCUGCAGAUAUCUUCAUAUCCCUGUGACUGAACGGGACGCAUCCUUUACAAGCAGAAGAAGUUCUGUACCUCAGCUCUAUUUCUCCAGCAACAGCCUUCCCAGCUCCAGACGAGGGUCUGAGCCGGCACUCUCUCACGCCCGUGGUCUCGUCCCCCGAAACCUCCGGGAACGGCACAAUGCCUUGAACCCACAGCACAUUGGGGCCACACAACAGCCGCUCGAUCAUCUAAUAGAAUAUGGUGCUCACUCUGGUCUUGAGGCUUGCCAGGAAUUGCUUCAGAGUUCAGAAGUGUCUCAGGAAUCAAAGUCUCCAGAAGGUAGUCGGGAUGCUAACAGCAGUAGUGACAGUGGUGGUGGUGCCGCUGCUGCUCCUGAAGACCAGGAGGAAACUGAAGCCUACUUCGAAAGUAAAGAAGUGACCUGUGGCAUCUGCAUGGAUAAAGUCUAUGAAAAGAUGAGCGCAGAUGAGCGACGCUUUGGCAUCCUGCCCAGCUGCAAUCACUCCUUCUGUUUAAGGUGUAUUGUUACAUGGAGGAAAACAAAAGACUUGCAGGAGGAGGUCAUUAAGGGUUGUCCUCAAUGCAGGGUGAAAUCUGCGUUCUAUGUGCCACAUAAUUACUGGGUAGAGGGCCCGGCGAAGGAAACUCUCAUUGCAUCCUUCAAAGAGAAAUGCAGAAAAAGAAGAUGUAGUUAUUUUCUGCGCCAUGGAUGCUGCCCCUUCAAAGCAGAGUGCAUUUAUUGGCAUGACGAAGUGCAACGUCGUCGUUCUGCACACUUGCUUCAAACGGACUACCUUGAAGAUAUUGACCCCAUGCACAUCCUGGAUUUCGUCAUGUCCAUCACCUUUUUGCACAUUGAUGAUGAAGAUGAAUAUGAUCUUCCUUUUCACAUUACCCAUGGCCUCAGCUUCUGAGCCCUGUUGCCCUUCUGUACUCGUAGGACUUGUUCGAGCCUUUCCGCACUUUAGCCUGGGAGGGAGAAAUGUGACUAAAACUUAAUGGCACAUUUAUUUCCUCCUGGGAAGCAAGGCAACAGUCGUGUUCAUCCUCUGAAGCUGUUUGGUUGGACCCUUUUUGGGAAGGGAGGGGUAUCUUCAAAUAGGCCUGGUUACUUUGUAAUUGUUAUACAAAAAAUAUAUCUUGCUAAUUUGCACCAUUUUUAUUGUAUUAGGAAGGCAUUUUUAUUGUCUCAUACUUGCUGUAUUGUUCCCAAUCUUGCUGUUUUUUUUUCUUCAGAAUGCUAGUUAUGAUAAAUGGAUCUGUCGUUUUAUAGUUUUAUGACUAAUUGCUUGCAAACAAAAGAAUAAACAUUGUCUCAUA